AUGAAGGUCCAGUUAGCUCAGCCUACGUGGAUGGACCGGAUUAAGAACUUCCUGGUCAGUGGCUCAGUCCCUACUGAUCCGAGCCAGGCCAGAAAGCUCCGAUGUCAAUCUGCUCACUACUUGAUGCAAGAAGACAAGCUCUUCAAGAGGGGAUAUUCUCUACCGUUACUGCGGUGCCUCGACCCAGAGGUAGCGAGCUCGUCUCCGGCCCAUCUGCAGUCCAACGGGCAGAUUGAAGCUGUCAACAAGAUCAUCAAGCGUGGUCUGAAGACGAGGCUGGAAUCUCUGAAAGAUCGGUGGGCAGAAGAGCUACCGGAGGUGUUGUGGUCCUACCGAACUAUACCCCGUCCAUCUACUGGCGAGACGCCAUACGACUUAGCUUUAGGGUCGGAGGCCGUCAUUCCUGUGGAGAUUGGCAUGUUGACGCCCCGAGUUGAGAAUUUCAACGAACAAACCAACAGCGAGGCUCUCCUCGUGAAUCUUGACCUACUCGCGGAGAAACGAUCUCACUCCCAACUCAGACUAGCAGAAUAUCAUAACCGUAUGGCUUGGUACUACAACGCCAGAGUAAAAGUCAGAAUGUUCAAGCCUGGCGACCUCGUCCUCAAGAAGGUAAUGCAGCAUGUCGAAGCACUCCAACCGAACUGGGAAGGUCCGUACAGAGUCUUGGAGAUACUCCGCCCUAGAGCGUAUCUGUCGUUCCACCUCAACGGGAGACAACUCCCCCACCCAUGGAAUGCCGAACAUUUGCGAGUUUAUUAUCAAUGA